GAGAGGAUCCGCCGUGCGGAGACAUCAGUGGGCAUCGGCACCGUCCGGAUAGGAAACCCGAUUCAACUCCAGCGACACAAAGACUGCUACUUUCUUUGUCAUGCUGCAGCCCCGCUUGCGAGCAACAAUACCAGUAAAUAAUCAGCCGAAAUGAUUCCGUACAUGGUGCUUCAUUAGUGUCAUUAUUGUUAUUCUUGUUAUUGCAUGGCGAAAGGAGCGGAGAGAUGGCUUGGCACAGCUGACCGUGCGGCGAUUGUGCGGAGUUGGCAAUUAUAAAUGGUUUUGUCGAAGAUCUGAUGUUUGGCAGUAAUUUGAAGAAACGCGCAGAUGAAGAAAAGCGUCUAGUCUUCUUAGGUUUAGAGUAAGCAGCUUCCUGAUCUGUGCCCGGUUCUCCAGGGGUGCAGAUUGAAAGCCUCGGUAUUUCUCAUAAACAGGAGCAAAAAAGCGAAACCGUGCAGUAUAUAGAUAAUGGUGUGGCAGAGUGCUCUGGGCUGAUCAUGCUUUAAUCCACCAUGACCUGCAACCUCCGAGUUGUUCUUCACCAUCCAGUUUAUCCAUAGUCUGCGUGGAAGGCAGCAUCACACCAUCACCGCGGACGGCUCAAGGCGGAUAUCCGAAAGGACAUAUCGCCGAAACCAAAGAGCUGAUGUCAGGCUUUUAACGCGUCUGUCUCUCGUCCCCGGCUCGCUCCCUCCAUGGGCACCGCGCCACGCAUUUGAAUGACCUUCCCGGUCUCAUGGCUGUGGCACGGAGAAUAAAAACUUUGCUGACCGUCAACAUCUUCGUCUUCGUGGGGAUCAUAUUGUUCUCGGUGUACUGCAGGAUCCAGGACCGCUCGGAGGAGCUGGUUCAGUUCGGAAGGAGCGCGGAGCAAAGACUUCGCGGCAGGAAUGGCAAAGUCACCAACCUGGUCGACAAGCAGGCUAUACUUCAAAGACUGGAGCACCUAGAAGAUGUGGUGUACAAUCAGUUAAACGGUCUCGCCAAACCGAUGGGACUGGUGGAGGGUCCUGGGGGGCUGGGACAGGGGGGCGUGGCCGCCAGCCUCCGUGACCACGCCCAUGAGGCGGAGGGCGGGAAGUAUGAGGAGUACGGGUACAACGCCCAGCUGAGCGACCGCAUCUCAUUGGACAGGGUCAUCCCAGACUACAGGCCCAAACGCUGCAAGCAGAUGGUCUACCCAGAUGCCCUUCCGCAGAUCUCCGUGGUGUUCAUCUUUGUGAAUGAGGCCCUCUCGGUCAUCUUGCGGUCGGUCCACAGUGUGGUCAACCGCACCCCUGCCCACCUGUUGAAGGAAAUCAUCCUGGUGGACGACAACAGUGACAGCGUGGAGCUCAAGCUGAACCUGGAUCAGUAUGUGAACAAGCGGUACCCAGGGCUGGUGAAGGUCGUGCGGAACGGCAAGCGAGAGGGGCUGAUCCGGGCCCGGAUCCUGGGCUGGCGGGCUGCCACUGCGCCGGUCGUUGGCUUCUUUGAUGCUCACGUGGAGUUCAACGUUGGCUGGGUGGAGCCAAUCCUGACCAGAGUGAAGGAGGAUCGCACACGCAUCAUCCUCCCUGCCAUUGACAACAUCAAAUACAACACCUUUGAGGUGCAGCAGUACGCCAACGCCGCGCAUGGCUACAGCUGGGGCCUCUGGUGCAUGUACAUCAGCCCUCCGCAGGCUUGGCUGGACAAGGGUGACGAGAGCGCCCCCAUCAGGACUCCAGCCAUGAUCGGCUGCUCCUUCGUGGUCGACAGAGAGUACUUUGAGGAGAUUGGGCUUCUUGACCCAGGCAUGGAGGUCUACGGAGGAGAGAACAUUGAGCUGGGAAUGAGGGUGUGGCAGUGUGGGGGCAGCAUGGAGGUGUUGCCUUGCGCCCGGGUGGCGCACAUCGAGCGUACCAAGAAGCCCUACAACAAUGACAUUGACUACUAUGCCAAGCGGAACGCCCUGCGGGCCGCGGAGGUCUGGAUGGAUGAGUUCAAGACCCACGUCUACAUGGCCUGGAACAUCCCCAUCAAUAGCCCCGGAGUCGAUUUCGGCGACGUGUCGGACCGGGCGGCCCUGCGGAAGAAGCUCCGCUGUCGGAGUUUCCGCUGGUAUCUGGAGCACGUCUAUCCUGAGAUGCGUAUCUACAAUGACACCAUCACCUACGGCGAGGUGCGUAACAGCAAGGCCAGUGGGUAUUGCCUGGACCAAGGGUCUGAAGAUGACAACAAGGCUAUCCUUUAUCCUUGCCAUGGCAUGUCCUCCCAGCUUGCCCGCUACUCCACCCAGGGUCUCCUGCAGCUGGGUCCUCUGGGAUCCACCACUUUCCUCCCGGACACCAAGUGCCUCGUGGAUGAGGGCCGCGGCCGGACGCCUUUGUUAAAGCGGUGUGACAACGUCACACGACCGUCCCAGAGGUUUUGGGACUUCACACAGAACGGGCCCAUCAUUAGCCGGGACACGGGCCGCUGCCUGGAAGUAGAGAUGUCCAAGGAAGCCAACUUCGGCCUGAGGUUGGUGGUCCAGAGAUGCUCGGGACAGAAGUGGACAAUACGGAACUGGAUUAGGCACCCCCGACACUAGAGGGCACCAAGGAGACAUCUUUGUGAGAUGAAGGGAGCCAGCUUGACCCCCCCCCCCAAUGCAGUGAUGCCCCUGGGGGCGUCCCCUUGCAUUUUGCAUUCUACACUGAACCUUGAACAAUUCAACCAGACCGGAGAGGUUCUUAAUGAAUCCAAGGACAACAGCGUCUCAGAUGCACAUUCCCUAAAAGGCCAUCCUCUGGAGAACCUGCUCUGUUCAGAAACUCAGGCAGCUUCUUCUGGACUAAAGACAGACCUCCGUGUUAUUUUCUGAGACCUUCGCCUACGUUGAGAGGUUUAUGAGUCUAUAGACUGUGAAUGCACAUCAGUUACGUGACUGUGUGAAUGGAUGCCAUGGCGCCCGAAUCUCUGAAUCCUUGCGAAGGGAAGCGAAACACCUUUGUCUACUUUCGUUUGAACUCAGACUCAUACGCAGCUGGUUUCUUUUAAUGUGCCUGUUGCCGUUUUGAUUUGUUUCAUCGGGCUUAGAACUCCGAACAACACAAGCAUGCCCUGGAAUUACUGAAGACAGUUUGAAAUUCUGACACAGUAGUGAUGCAUAAGUUGUCCAAAAUAGGCUGAAAUCUGAAAAAAAAAAAAACUGUGAUCGUCAAAAUAAAAUAUUUUUAGCCGAGCACCCUCCAUGUUACUAUAAGCAA